AUGAUGAUCGUGCAGCAUACAGAGGCCAUCAUUUUAAUGGAUCCUAUUAUCUAUAAAGCGGCAGAACAAGGCAACCUGAGGGCCUUAGAAAAAAAAUAUGAUAUCUCCCAUCUACUUGAUGAGUUUUUAACCGUUAAUAAAAAUACAAUCCUACAUAUUUGCAUUUCAAGUAUCCUGGUCAAAGAAAAGUUUCCCGCCACUGGAGGAACUGACCUUGCCUCAGCGGUAAAAUUUGUGGAAGAUGUACUGUCCAAGUGUCCAGCAUUUUUAUUGAAAGCCAAUGUGGAAGACGAUACUCCGUUACAUGUUGCGGCAAGGUCUGGGCAUGCUUCGAUCAUUAAAGUUCUGAUUGAUUGUAAAAAAUCCCAACAUCAAGAUCUCGAAAAUGUCGUUGCUACUAAGGAGAUGAUUACUAGGGAGAUGAUUGGAAUGCUGAACAAAAAGGGAGACACGACCUUACAUGAUGCUGUACGUCACAAUCACAUUGAAGUGGUAAAACAGUUACUAAGGGAGGUAGAUCGAGAAUUUUCGUUUGGUGCUAAUGGUGCUGGUGAGACCCCACUUUACUUGGCUGUCGAGAGACACUUUCCAGAUUUGGUAUCUGAAAUUUUGAACACAUUCCAAUCACCAGCUUAUGAUGGCCCCUUGGGUAGAACGGCUUUGCAUGCUGCAACAUUUUCAAAUGAUGCAGGAAUGAUCGAAAACAUUUUGGAAAGAUAUGGUCGCGAUCUAUGUAAACAAACAGACCAAAAAGGUUGGACUCCGCUUCACUUGGCUGCAUACUUGGGUUGCGUUGAGCCAACAAAACUAUUGCUGCAAUAUGGUAGAGAGGUGGCAUAUAUGAAAGAUGCAGAGGGUAGGACAGCUCUUCACAUUGCAGCUCAUCGCAACCAAGAAGGAGUUACAAAAGAGAUUAUAUCAAUGUGUCCUGAUUGUUGCGAAGUGGUUGACAAUGAAGGCCGCAAUGCACUCCAUCUCGCCGUGCACAGCCGCUGGCCAACUGCAGCGCUAAUCAUCCAAAAUAAUCCAUCUUUACGGAAUCUUUUGAAUCAGGCGGACAAUGACGGGAAUACACCUCUCCAUCACUAUUACAAUUCUGUUGGAUACAUGAAGGGUGUCUUGAAUUCUCCAAGAGUUGACGAAAUGGUCUUCAACAAAAAGAACCAGACUGCUUUUCAAAUCUUAAGAAGUAAACGCUUUCCAACCGAUGGUGAUGAGGUAACAUAA